AUGUCCUCUGCCGACACGACGCCCAUCUCCCCCGCGCGCUUCGCCGCCGCCCUCAAGGACCUCUCCGUCGCCAUGCUGCACCUCAAGGUCCUCGAGAUCCGCAACUCCAUCGCCCACCUGCAGUACUCCAACGACCAGCUCCGGCCCUUUGCCGACGGCACGGCCACCGCCGCCUCCUCUGGCGCCGCGGCAGCAGCAGCAGCAGCGUCGCCGGGCGAGCCGGACCAGGACUGCGUCGACGCGAUCCGAGAGAACGAGCAGGUCGUCGAGCGCAUGGCGGAGCGCAUCGCGCUCGUCAGGUUGGAGGUGGAGGAGCGCGGCGUCUCGUGGGACGAGUUCACGAGCAAGGAGGAGACCGAGGCCGCGGUCGCGCGCGCCAGAGAGGAGCAGCGGCAGCGGGCGGCGGCGGCAGCAGCACAGCAGCAGGGCGGGGAGGACGUGACGGGGGUGGCGGAGCAGGUGAAUGGGGGUGCGUCGUCGCCGUGGACCGACGGUACGUUUCAGACGGGCACGAUACGGAACGGCGAGGUGCGCAUGGAUGCGCAGCCGCGGGCGCGGACGAAUGGUGCUGGUGGUGGGAGUCUGUCGGAUGAGCAGCUGAGAGCGGCCAUGGAGGAGCGCAUGCGGCAGAUGACGACGGGCGACGAGGACCAGGAUGAGAAUGGCGGCAUGCACCUGUAA